CAAAACUAUUCAUGAAUUGCCAAGUAAGCUUUGCUCCAAAAGAAGGCUCGAAGGCUAGCUUCAAUCACAAAAAGGAAAUCUCAGGAUCAGAAGGGAGUAGCCUUAAAGAGGAGGAAUCGAACAGCAAAUUAGAAGACUCAUCUGAGCGAACAGAGGAAAGGAAGGAUUACCAGAAAGGAAAAUGGACGUCUUACGAGCAUUUGAUAUUCUUAGCCUGUGUCAUCCACUAUGGAAGGGACUGGAAGAAAAUAGAGGAACAUGUCAAGACGAGGUCUGCCUCCCAAGCAAGGUCUCACGCCCAGAAGGUUCUUAAGAAGAUGGAUAGGAACGCAAUUAUGAGAGAAAUUAGACAGAUCAAAAGCCAAAUUAAUUUCGACCCAAAAAUUCAUCAAUGAGGCGAUCUAGUAGUUUUGAUAACUGAGGGAGAUAAGUGGAGAAACAUACCAGGUGUAAUGCCAUCUCGGUAUCUUAAAAAGAAGAGGGGAAGUAAUCAAGAGGCUUCAUGCCCGGAAAAGCAAGUAGAGCUAAAAAUUUUAAAAUAAUUCUCAAAAAGAUUUAGAGCAAGAGAAUUCAGAAAUUAGGAGAGUAAAUUUUAAUUCUAUCACUUCUGACUCGAAAGGCAAUUCUAAAAAUGAAAAAAACUCUCCUCAAAAGCAGCCAUUUCGCCAGACAUCUAUCCAAACAAGAGGAAAUUCACUAUCAGAAGCUUUUAAAAGUUCUGAGAUAAUUAAUACUCCUGAUCCAAAGCUGCUCAAAGCAGCUGGGACUCCUUCCACCUGAGUAAGUAGUCAGGCUUCUCCUAUGAACCCUGAACCAAAUACCACUCUCAGGAAAGAUGGCCUGAAAGGCUCAGCAGCUCCAAUUAGCAAAGCUCCUUCUCCAAAAUGCUUUAAGAACUUAAGUCCAAGCAUCAAGGAAUGUGGAACAAAUAGUAUGGCUGAAAAUACUUGCACAUCUGUUCGUAAAGCACCUAGUGAUGAAAUUUACUUUGAUUUCGACUUCCAACCGUUCCUUCGGAACGACAAGGUGGAUAUCGAAUUCGAGAACCUCAUAUCACUCAACAGUGUGCAGACAGGUCAUGAUGCAUUUAGCAGCAAUGAGUCCAUGCUGACAACCCAAUGGUUGCUAGGAGACUCAAUGAUGCCUUUAUCAGCCCUUUACUAGA